AGGCAGGAGUGAUGGCGAGCGGGCGAGCCGGGCUCGGCUCCAGCUGAUCCAUGGACUUUCCUCCCGACCGGGCAGCUGUCCUGUCACCUGGACGGGACGAGCGGAGCGGUUCUAACCUCCUAAACUAACCAGCACAGAGCCCAGCAGAGACGGGUGCAGAGACGGGUGCAGAGACGGGUGCAGAGACGGGUGCAGAGACGGGUGCAGAGACGGGUGCAGAGACGGGUGCAGGGACCGGUGCAGGGACCGGUGCAGGGACCGGUGCAGGGACCGGUGCAGAUGGAGCUGUCUGUCAGGGAGCGGCUGGCGGAGCUGGUGGAGCAGCUGACCACGUCUGGACGGCCUCAGCUGGACCAGGACCAGAUGAAGGAGCUGAAGAAGAUCUGCAGAGGGUCCGACUCAUGCAUAGACCACAUGUACCAUCUGCUGAUGACCCAGCUGGACCAGGACCACGCUGAGAUCCGGCUGUCUGCCUUCCAGGUAGCCAGUGAGCUCUUCACCCGGUCCCACCACUUCAGGACUCUGCUGGUGGACAACUUCCAGGAGUUCCUGGAGCUGACGGUGGAGACGGAUGCAGAUCAGCCCCUCCCUCCUCCUAAAGAAGUAGCAAAGAAACUGAAGUCCCUGGCCAUCCAGACUGUCAAGUCGUGGCAGACCUCUUACGGCUCCGCAUACAAGAAGUUAGCACUCGGUUACCACUUCCUGAAACAGGUUAAGAAGGUGGACUUCCAGGAUGCUGAAGCCAGGACGGUGGCUGAGAGGAGGAGAGACGAGGAGAGACAGAGUAGGAUGGAGAGGAUCUACAAGGCCAGAUUGGAGGCAGCAGCUAAAGAGAUGGAAGAGUCGUACCAGGAGAUAGAGUCGACGCUGACAGAGAUGGAGUCCUGCAUGAAGCUCCUCUUCCCUGACUUUGGCCCCCAGACAGCCGCCGAGGGUCCGUCAGACGACGAGCAGCCCUGCUGCAGCAAAAACCUGAAGGCCAGCAGUGAAGAGGGAAGGGUACGCAUGAGCCUGGAUGAAAAGAAGAGCACUGGAAAGGAAGUGAAAGGAGACGGGAAGAUGAGCGAUACAGAAGAAGAGGAAAAAUGCUCUGAAGAUGAGAGGAGAGCAGACCAGAAGAAAAGAGAUGGAGACCAACAGGAGGGGGAGAGAGAGGUGGAGACUGUGCAGGGGAAAGGAGAGCAUGAAGAAGACGAGGAGGAGGCAGAAGGAAGCAGUGACGAAGACGAGGAGGAGUGUGCUGAUGAACACUUGUUUAUUAGGAACUCUGGGCUCAUCUCUCACUCCUACAGUCUGGACCUGGACAUCAGUCCUGGUCUUCAAGUUACAGAGACAGAAGACAACGAGCCAGUGGUUUCCAUGGUGAUAGAGCUCCACAAGCUCAUAACAACCAAACACCUGCCAGCGGUGCAGAGCUGGGUCCAGGUCUUCACCAAGGCGCACGCUGAAGAGCAUGUGUUGAGGAGAGCGCUGGACCUGAAGAAGUCUUUGGAAGCCGCCCUGCAGAAACACAAAGAGCUGCACAUCGACUACCAGUCUGGAAGAAUCUGCAGAGUGACGAAGGCCGGCUCCGACGGAGAGGAGGAGGACGACGACUUUGAUGAGGUUCCAGAGAAGGAAGGCUUUGAGCCGCACAUUCCUGAACAUCUGCGAGCCGAGUACGGUCUGGAUCCGUCUCCUUCCACCUCCAAAGCCCAAGUGGCUCCUCCAAAAGCUCCUCCAGCUAAAAGGCCGGCAGCUCCUCCCCCUCCCCCCACCUCAUCAUCACACCUGAGGAGGAUGAAGAGACUGAUGGAGGAGGAGCAGGAUCCAACCUCCGCCGCCGCCACGCUGCGCCUCCUCAAGGGAAAGAUCCCUGUGCCUACCGGACCAAGCAGCUCUGCUGGUCCCAGGCCGUCGCGGUCCGGUCCGGAGGAGAAGACUGAGGUUCCGGUGGUUCCGUUCGGGCUGGACCUGUACUACUGGGGGAAGGAGCAGCCCAACGCCGGCAAGAUCAUCAAGUCGACCUCCCAGCAUCAGUUCUGGGUCCCUGCAGAGGUGGAGGAGGAGGUGGAGAACCAGGACCUGUUAGCAGAGAGCAAGAGCAGAUACAUCUCCUUUCCUGGGAGAUUUGUUCCCGUCAGCCACUCCUGCAGAGCCCCGCUGGGGAACGGGAAGCUGUGCCCACGCCAGGACCGGCUCAAGUGUCCGUUCCACGGCCAGAUCGUGCCCCGGGACGCGGAGGGCCGACCCUGCAGGGAGGAGGACCGACGGAGGGAGGAGCGGGAGGAGAGGAAGAGGAGAGAGGAGCAGCCCGAGUGGCGCGACGCCGAGCUGAUGCGCGACAUCGAAGCGGCGACGGGAGAGGACCUGGGCUCCAGUCGGAUCACCGGGAAAAAACGGAAAGGCAAGAAGAAGAAAUACCCCAACCUGAGUGACCUGAAGCAGAGCAGCAACACGGCCCGCUCCCGGCUGCAGAAGAAAGUCUUCAACAAGAAAACCGUGGCCAGAAUUGCUCAGGUGAUGAGUAAAGUGGACAAGAGAAAACAUGACAAGUUCUCCAACCAGUUCAACUACGCCAUCAACUGAUGGCCGGCCGGCCGGGCGGCCGGGCCUGCGACGUGCUGCCCCCUCAGGCCGCUGGGAGCUGGUGCAGAUCCUGGUGCAGCUCCUGGUUCUGGUGCAGAUCCUGGUUCUGGUGCAGCCCCUGGUUCUCCUCAUCGCUGCAGCAGAGACGCAGCAGCAACACGGCUGGGGACCGCACCAGUUUACCUGCACACCAGUUUACCUGCACACCAGUUUACCUGCACACCAGUUUACCUGCACACCAGUUUACCUGCAGAACCGACUCGGGUUAUGUGGCCUUGUGAGCUGCAUAAAAGACAUCUGGUUUUACAUAGAACUCAUUCUACAGAAGAGUAUCAGGGCCAUGCAGGAUAAAAAAUAUUUGAGAGGGAGAGAUUUUUUUUUAUUGUGCACUUCGAGAAAAAAGUCGAAAUGUCGAGAAAAAAAGUUGAAAUGUCGAAAUUAAUGUUGAAAUACAAUUUCAAGAAUAAAGUUCAAAUUUUGAGAAUAAAGUUGAAAUACAAUUUGGUGAAUAAAGUGUAAAUGUCUCCUCUGGUCCAUCAAAUCCAGUUAGGAGAGACUGACAGCUCUGCAGCAGCAGCCGGAACUAACUAACUAACUAACUAACUAACUAACUAACUAACUAACUAACUAACUAACUAACUAACUAACUUACAUCCUUGGAGUGGAACGUUAAAGGGACGUUUCUGAAGUCAUGCAACCGCAUAUGUGUGAUAUGUGUUUCAAUUCAAUAUCGUAAAGCAAAUUCGACAUUAUUCUCGACAUUUCGACUUUUUUCUCGAAAUUUUACUUCAACAUUAUUCUUGAAAUUUCGACUUUUUCUCAACAUUUCGACUUUUUUCUCAAAGUGCAUAAUGAAAAAAAGAUCUUCCUCCUCUAAAAUAUUCUUUUUAUUCUUCUCCUGCCUGGCUCUAAUACGCUUCCGUAUGAUUCAUGAAAUGGUGAAUAAACCCUGAAAACACUGACUUGCAGCACUUCCCGGAGCAGCUGAGGAGUUUCCUCUUCCAGGCCGAACAGUCCUGAUGUUUAUCCAGAACCAGCACAGACACACGUUUCUCCUGUCGUCCACGUCUUUAGGCUCAGUACGGCCUUCUUCCUCCGUUAUCCUGUUUUUAUGACUAAUUCUAUUUCUUUCAUUGAUAUUGUGUCGUGUUCAUU